GCUAUUUCCAGUUCGGUCCCUCCCCACCAUAAACCCUACAAUCUCAAAACCCCCAAAAACACGAACAGAGUUAAGCUGAAUUCCAUCUUCUCCUUUUGAUGCAAAAAACAUGACUGUGAUUUUCCUGAGAAGAUCGCGCAUCGGAUCUUCUCCGCAUCCUCCGAAUCCCGCAUCGCGAGCCUUCUCCCUCCGCUCCCUGUUCAGUCUCGCCGCCCCGUCGGAAUCCCGAGUCCAAGCUCCGAAACCCUCUCGCUUUCGCGGCUCCGAUGGCUCCGCCGGCGGCUCCGUCGCCGGUUCCGGUGCGCCGGUCGGGGCGAGCUGGGUGCGCCGUUUGGAGGAGGCGCUGGGGAGAAGCGGCUGUCCGGCGCGUUUCGGGGGCUUGCGGUCGUUCGCUGCUCGAGCCGCCGCCGCCGAGGAGCCCGCGACCUCCGACGGCCUGACGGUGGAGGGGAUCCUUUCCAGCCAGUGGACGAUCCUCGACGAGAGCGAGGGCGAUUGGAAGAGCCAUGCCGCCGCGAUCGCGCAGUCCAUAAGCUUGAUCAAGCGGCGCUUGCAGUGGAAGAGCUUGUUAGUGAGGUUGGAGCUGUUGUCUACACAAUUGAAUAAGCCAGACCUUUGGGAUGAUCCUCAACAUGCUGGAAAAAUAAGCCGUGAGCAUGGUAGACUCAUGGCUAAGAUGAGGGAGGUGAUGGGAUUUGAACAGGAGUUGCUUGAGCAUAUUGACAUGAUAAAGCUUGCUCGGGAAGAGAGUGAUGCUGACUUGGAAUUGGAAUCAUUGCAAGCUUUGCUAAGGAUGAGAAGAUUUUCAAAAGAGAAAGAGCUUGAAGCUUUGUUAGCUGGAGAGCAUGAUUCUUGCUCCUGUUUUGUAGAGGUGCAAGCUGGGGCCGGGGGCACUGAGAGCAUGGAUUGGGCUGCGAUGGUCAUGAAUAUGUACAAAAUGUGGGCUCAACGCCGAGGAUAUGGAGUAACAGUGGUGGAUGAAAUGCCUGGUGAGAUUGCUGGAAUCAAGCGAGCAACAAUUAAAGUGGAUGGUGAAUAUGCAUUUGGAUAUGCCAAAGCUGAAGUAGGUGUGCACAGGUUGGUACGAAUCUCACCAUUUGACAGUAACAAACGGCGACAUACUUCAUUUGCUGCUGUUGCUGUAAUUCCGAUCUUCGGUGAGGAUUUUUCCCAUGUGCAAAUAAAUGAAUCCGAUCUCCGAAUUGAGAGAUUUCGAUCUGGAGGAGCUGGUGGGCAGUCUGUUAACACAACUGACAGUGCUGUGAGAAUCGUUCACAUUCCCACUGGAGUAACUGCAACUUGCCAAAAUGAGAGAUCACAACAUCAAAACAAGGCUUCAGCCAUGGCGGUGCUCCAGUCUCGGUUAGACCAGCUUGAGAUGGCUCGACAGGCUCAGAUGAAUGCACAACAUACACAAUCUCUUACAGAGAUAAGUUGGGGCAACCAAAUUCGUUCCUAUGUCCUUCACCCUUACCGGAUGGUCAAGGAUCUGCGGACUAACUACGAGGUUUCUGACCCUGAUUCCGUCCUAGAGGGAGAUCUUGAUGGGUUCAUCUUGAGCUACUUGUCAGAUUUGAUGGACAAAGAUGAAGCCAGCUCAUAGAUCUAUCCAAUUUGUUCCGCACGAACUUCGGUCCUAAAGCAGAAAUGACUACAUCCUGCAUCCCUAGCGGGGACAGAUUUAUGAUUGGCACAAGGGAGUGCGAAAAUGGGCCUCAGCUGCAUCGUUAAGUCGUGGUACAUACUGAAAGAGUCUAGCUUCUUAUACAUUUAUCUUCGGACAACUAAAUUAUUCAUCAAUAGUCAAAAUAGUCGAAGCAGUUCUCGACUCGGAAGAGCAGAUUAGCAUUUAUUUUUCCCCAGUACUGCCAGCAAAUGGGUGAAGAAAAGUAUCAGAAUCGGACUCUACAUAUGAUCUCACCACACAGCUGGGUUGAUGAAGUGAUGAAGAUACAUUAGGCGCCUUUUCUUAGAGCAGGAGGAUUCUUUCCUUCUUCUUCUUCCUCCUCUUUUCCAUUUUUGCGUUGCAGAACCUCUCUUUUUAAGUAAGUGGAUAUCCGUGAAUGACUGUAAUUUAGAAUUCAUUAAUAAAAUUUGCUUGUUAUGAAUGUACAAA